AACAUAUCUUGGCAAUGUGUACAGGUACUGGAACACACUCUCCCGUAAGACUAUGAGACGCAGAUAAACAAAGAACGUGUACUUAUAUGUGCCAGAGGAUUUUCGUACAGUUUUGUUUGUUUUCAAAUGUGUGGAUAUUCGAGAAAUUCCAAAUGAUUCUUUGUUCCUAGCAAAAGAACCAUGGAUGCCGAUAUUUAUAAUGCUGUUCAGAUGAACGAUCCGUCAGGACUUCGACAACUAUUGAAUUCUGGCGGAGAUGUGAACACACUUUAUCAGGAUCUGAGCUUGAUUUCCACCAAGUCUAUCCUCCACAUGUGUUGCGAGAAAGGAAGAAUUGACUGUGUUAAAGUGCUUUUAGAGGAAGGGGCGAACCUAGCAGCACGUGAUGCCUGGUACCAGACUCCGUUGAUGUACUGUAUGAUCACGCAGUGGUACGAGAUAGCGGAAAUUCUGCUCAACCAUGAUCGAGAUGUUAUUGAUAUCGGGGAUAUGUACGGCAGGACAGCGUUACAUAUUGCCGUGAAAAAUGCGGCAAUCGAGGGUGUAGAGCUUCUGUUGAGAUACGGUGCGGAGGUAAAUAACGUAGACGAGAAAGGUAUUACACCCUUAAAUUCUGUAUGUGGCGAUAAAGAGGUGUCAGCAAGUGACCUUGUCGAAAUAGUCCGACUUCUACUGGAAGCAGGCGCUGACCCAAACUGUAAAGACUUCAUGGAGGGGAGAACUGCGCUUCAGAGAGCAAUGAUAACCGGAAAUGUAGAGGUGGUGCAGAUGCUGAUAGCAGCCGGUGCUCGAGUGAACACAAUAGACAGCUGUGGACGGUGUCCUGUUACCAACAUUCUGUGGUAUCAUAGGAAGCGGGGUGAUUCUUCUGACGUAGAUGAUGACGUCAUGAUUAUUAUCAUCAUGUUGAUACAGGCUGGAGCGAACCUAAACAUCAGUAAAUAUGAGCACAGUAAUGCCUUGUGCAUGGCAACUAUGUACCAGUGUACAAACCUAGUGCACUAUUUGCUGUAUAACGGCGCAGACCAAAAUGUCGACUUUUAUUGUGGUGUGACACCUCUUCAAAUUGCUACAAGAAAAAGAGAUCUGAAAACGAUAAAGGUUUUAUUAAACUGGAAAAGUGACUUGUACAGAAAAGGACGCGUUAAACGGGGAGAACUUGAUUACCAAACUGAUGUUUUUCAUCUUGCUAUUGACAUAGGUGCUUUUGAAGUCGCAAUGUUGUUAGUCGAAAUCGGAUAUGAUUUGACACGUGUUGAUUACCUGACAGACUGGUCUAUGUGUCCACCGGAUUCUCUAAUAGCGAACCAGGCUAUGUUAGAGUACUUCCGCCAGGGCGCCAGGUUGGUCCAGAGCUUAUUUAGACUAUCAAUAUUUACAAUUAGAAACACCUUCACAGAGAAUAUUCCUGAAAAGGCAGCACUGUUGCCGUUACCUAAACAGCUGAUCAAAGCUGUUCAGUUAGAGGACGAACUAACCUAAGCUGCUCAAUAUAAACAUGGUCAAGGAUGAAUACCAUUCAAUUUUCUUGUAAGUUCAAUUUUCAUCCGGUUCAAAAUUAAUCAAAUGCAACUCCACAAAAAUAGCUUAGAAAUGUAUAACUUACCUAAAUCUGGCGUACUUUAUUGAUAGUAAUUUUUCAACGACUUUUGCAUACAAUUUCCCCAGUUUUCUUAACAUAAUUCAAAUUCAUUUACAAGAACUGCAAGGGGUCAUUUAAAAAGUUUUAUCCCAGAAAGUAAUCUCUUUCGUUCAUGGUGUAAAUUACGUAUUACUUCAAAUGAAAAGUUUGUUCAUUGAAUAAUGUAAGGUACAUAAUUGUAUCAGAGACAGUGCUAUUUCGGAAUAGACGAGCUAUCUAUAUUUUCGUAAUCAUGACAAUCAAAUGGAAAUAUUUGCGACAUUGUUUAUUUUUAUAUUGUGGUAGACUAAGUGCUAUUUCUUACACAGUUGUCAUUUGUCAUUUAAAUAACAAUUAUAUCAUUUUCAGCUAUACUAUAAUAAAGGGCUUUCAGCAUGUUUA